GGCCGUUUGCUGAACCUAAGCUGCUCCACAGUGCCUACCUUCGUGCUCUCAAUCACUGCAACCACUCAGGCUCUCGCCUUGAUAGAACUUUACAAUGCUCCUGAGGGUCGCUAUAAGCAAGAUGUGUACCUGCUGCCCAAGAAAAUGGAUGAGUAUGUGGCAAGCCUACACCUGCCCACCUUUGAUGCCCACCUGACAGAGCUGACAGACAAACAAGCCAAGUAUCUGGGACUCAACAAGAAUGGGCCCUUCAAGCCUAAUUCUACAGGUAUUAAGUUCCUGUAA